CCCCAACUUUAUGAUGCUAUGAUGGUCUAUGCAGGUGUGCUAAAUAAAACCCUCCCUUUCAAUGCCAAUAUAAAAGAUGGAUUAUAUUUAUUCAAUAGGACAAAAGGCACAUAUCCAGGAGCACUUGGUGAUGUCACAGAAGCAUGGGAUGGGUCUAGGAUACCCUAUUUCAUCCUUACAGGUGUGGGUGAUACAGCAGAACCAAAAAGAUUAAUUGUUAUACAAUUGGACGUUGACGUAAAUGUAACAUUAAUACCGUUAUAUGGCCAGCAAAAUGAAAAAUCGUUUGUAUUCAACGGACGUCCCUUACCCUUAACCGUCCCGGCUUGUGGAUUUACAGGAUCGGGUUGCCCUAUCUCAUUUUUUGAUGCUUAUCGUGGAUAUGUUAUCGCAGCUAUAUGUAUAGCUGCACUUCUCAUACUUGCAGUCGUUGUCGUGAUUAUCGUAGCGUUGAAGUAG